AUGGAACAGAUUCAGGAACAGAUGGCUGAGAUGAGAGCUCAAUUGACAGAGCAGAUGAAUGCGCAGAUGGCGCAGUUUAUGGAAGCAUUGACUAAUGUGACCAAGGGGCAGGAUGACUUGCGAGUUCUCGUCGAGAAUUCCAGAAGGGUUGAGAAUGGAGGACAUUCGAGGCUGUUUGACGAUGUGUCUGGCAGGAUUGAUGAUCAUCAUGAUCCGAAUGAGUUUGACCGCUUGGGAGGGCACUAUAAUCCUUUCAAUCAGAAUCAUGGGUUUCCACCUCCACCUCCGUCUCGUCUGUUGGGAAGGAGAGAUAAUCAUAACCGUGAUAAUUUGGAUUUCAAUGUUGAAAACUUUGAUCAGGUAUCAAGGCAUAGUGCUGAUGGUGCACUUGAAGAAGCUGAAAGGUAUCGUCUGAUUGAAGAACGUCUCAGAGCCGUUGAAGGCAAAGGGGUGUUAGGCCUGGAUAUCAAUGACUUGGGACUGGUUCCUGGUGUGAGGAUUCCACCGAAAUUCAAAGUGCCAUCUUUUGACAAGUACAAUGGAGCGACUUGUCCCAUGACUCAUGUCAAAGCAUACUAUCGCAAGAUGUCAGUUUAUUCGGAGGAUGAGGGUUUUCUAAUGCAUUUCUUCCAGGAUAGCUUGGCUGGGGCUUCCUUGGAGUGGUAUGUUCAACUCGAACGCACUCAUAUUCAUUCUUGGAGAGAUCUUGUGGAGGCCUUCAUUAAGCACUAUCAGUACAAUGUUGACAUGGCGCCUAAUCGAACUCAGUUGCAGAGUUUGGUUCAAGGAUCUAAAGAAUCUUUCAAAGAGUACGCGCAGAAAUGGCGCGAGUUAGCCGCAAGAGUUCAGCCACCGAUGACUGAGCGUGAGAUGAUUGACAUGUUCACCAGUACUUUGUCUGGACACUAUUACUUGGCCUGUAGUGCUUCAGCCAACUUUUCUGAAAUGUUGGGAGCUUCUUCUAAUUCUCCUAGUGGUAAGAAGCAAGCUGAGGGUUAUGCCAGAAGGAAGGAAGGUAAUGCGGAUGCCAUAUAUGGAAGGAGGGGUUCGGGGAGAAGCAAUUCACAGGUUAAUGCUGUCAUGAUCCCAGUGCCGCAGCAACAACAACAACAUCAGCAUGGACAACGUUCCGGUAAUGAUCGUUAUCCUCCCAGGACUAGGCCUCACAGAAAGAUUGAUCCGAUUCCUAUGACCUAUGCUCAGGUGCUGCAACAUUUGCUUAAGAUUGAGAAGAUUACUUUGAGAGAUGCUCCGAAUGCUCCGGACACACAAUCUCCGAAUUACAAUGCAAACGCACGAUGUGCUUUCCACUCAGGUGCCGCUGGUCAUGAUACAGAGAGGUGUAUUGCAUUGAAGAACAAAGUCCAGGACUUGUUGGAUCAAAAGAUAAUUCAGUUCACUCCUACACCCAAUAUUGUCAAUAAUCCGAUGCCUGCUCACGGAGGUUCGGGUGUGAACGCCAUCGAGAGUGAAGAGAUAAGGGUUAUAUCUGAUGUGGGCUGUGUGACCUUUCCUCUUGUAUCUGUGAAGCAACAUCUGAUUAAUAGCGGUAUUUUCCCGGGCUGUGGUGUUGAUUGUGAGAAUUGCAAAAGUCAACCCGAAGGUUGCGCUGAUUUGAAAGGUAUGGUACAAAAGCUGAUUGAUGAGGGUCCUCUUCAGUUCUAUCGAAGGUUGAGAGGUGCGAAGAGUAAGGAUGGUGAAGUGUCUGUGAUCUCAAUUCCUUAUGAGCCGGUUGCUCCAAUAUGUAUCCAAGUGCCUAUUCAGAUGCCUGUCAGUAUCCCGUAUGAGGAACAACCAGCGGCGUUGAUGAUUACUGUACCAGGGCCUAUUCCAUAUGAGAGUGAGAAGGCCAUCCCUUGGCAUUAUGGUUCAGAUGUAUAUUACUAUGGCACGAAGGAAGAAGGAGAGCCAUCUAAAGAGAAGCUUGUUGAGGCCUCAGUUGCAAACACUGAUAAUUUUGCCGGUACUGGUAGAAUUACUCGCAGUGGUAGGGUGUUCUCUCCUCAGCUUGUUCAAAACAAUGCAGAUGCUUUGGCUAAGGCCAAAGGAAAACAAGUAGUGCCUGAUGUCCAGAAUUCUCCGACCCAAAGUGGGGCACCUGAUAAAGGUCAUAGGGAUGCUCUCUUGAGGAUUUUGAAUGGUGCCUACGUGCCACAAGAAAUAUCUGUGAAUCAGUUAGAGGCGGUAGCCAAUAAUAUCUCCGCUGGGAACGGUUUGGGAUUUACGGAUCGUGAUCUUCCUCCUGAGGGGAGAAACCACAACAAGGCGUUGCAUAUUUCAAUGGAGUGUAAGGGGACGACUUUGUCUCGUGUGUUGGUUGAUACUGGUUCUUCCUUGAAUGUGCUUCCCAAAUCGGCCCUUAUGAGAAUUGACUAUGCUGGUGUUGAGUUGAGGCCAAGUGAGUUGAUAGUGCGCGCCUUUGACGGUUCGAGGAGGUCUGUGUUCGGAGAGAUCGAAGGUGAAAUACAUGAGACUCCGUUUCAAGCGUUUGAGGCUGUGAAUGCUGUGAGAACUCCUCCUUAUGAGAUAACGAAGCCAGAAACGAUUAUGUCCUCUUUGAAAGAUGCUCAGGUUGUCGUUGAGACUGGGAGAGUGGAAGGCUGGGGGCAAGAAAGUUAUGAAGAUACAAAUGCUCCCCGGAGAGCAAUAUUCGCCUAG